AGACCCCUCCCCUCUCUUCCCAGUAUAUAUGACAUUCCCAUAGAAUCCUAUAGAGGUUUCUGCUUGUCCACUUUGCGUCUGUAGUCCACAUCACUCUUUUUUAGAGUGAGGUAAAAAGAGUUGUGGAAUCCUGGAGCCAGUGGAGCAAACAGCAGCAGCUCUGCUCAACCUCAGCGCCAACAUGUUGUACCUGGAGACGGGGACUGCAACAUCCUACAACGAGUCACAGUAUACAAACCUGGGGCUCCUGAACAGCAUGGACCAGAACAUCCAAAAUGGAAGUUCCACCUCCACCAGUCCCUACAACAACGACCAUGCACAGAACAACGUGACAGCCCCGUCACCCUAUGCCCAGCCCAGCUCCACCUUUGAUGCCCUUUCCCCCUCACCAGCCAUCCCAUCCAACACAGAUUACGCUGGGCCGCACACCUUUGAUGUGUCCUUCCAGCAGUCUAGCACAGCAAAGUCUGCCACCUGGACGUACUCAACAGACCUCAAGAAGCUGUACUGCCAGAUUGCCAAGACCUGUCCUAUUCAGAUUAAAGUCCUGACCAACCCACCCCAGGGGGCUGUAAUCAGGGCUAUGCCUGUAUACAAAAAAGCUGAGCAUGUCACAGAGGUGGUCAAACGCUGCCCAAACCAUGAACUUAGUCGCGAGUUCAAUGACGGACAAAUUGCUCCUCCGAGCCAUCUGAUCCGUGUAGAGGGCAACAGCCACGCCCAGUAUGUGGAGGACUCCAUCACAGGCCGUCAGAGCGUCCUGGUACCCUACGAGCCACCACAGGUGGGCACGGAAUUUACCACAAUUUUGUACAAUUUCAUGUGCAACUCGAGCUGCGUGGGUGGAAUGAACAGACGCCCCAUCCUCAUCAUCGUCACCCUGGAAACCAGAGAUGGUCAGGUAUUAGGCCGCCGCUGCUUCGAGGCCAGGAUCUGCGCUUGCCCGGGUCGAGACCGAAAGGCAGAUGAGGACAGCAUCCGCAAGCAACAUGUAACGGAUGGCACAAAGAGCAGUGAGGGUACGAAACGCCCCUUCCGCCAGGUUUCCCAUGGCUUACAGAUGUCCUCCAUCAAGAAGAGAAGAUCUACAGAUGAGGAGGUUUUUUGUUUGCCUAUCAAAGGCCGUGAAAUUUAUGAGAUUUUGGUAAAAAUCAAAGAGUCUCUGGAACUCAUGCAGUUUCUGCCGCAGCACACUAUUGAGUCAUACAGGCAGCAGCAGCAGAAUCUCCUUCAGAAACAGACUUCAAUGCCGUCUCAGCCUUCCUUUGGCUCCAGUUCUCCAACUCAUGGAAAAGUCAACAAGCUGCCCUCUGUCAGCCAGCUCAUCAACCCCCAGCAGCGCAACACGCUCACCCCGUCCAGCAUGUCUGGAGGCCUGACUGACAUGACUCCCAUGAUGGGCACACACAUCCCCAUGAACGCUGACAUGAGUUCACUGAGCCCCACACAUGCACUGCAACCCCAGCUACCCAUGGUACCUUCCUCCCAUUGCACUCCCCCUCCUCCAUACCCAAUGGACAGCAGCAUCUCCAGCUUUCUUCUACGGCUGGGCUGCGCAUCCUGCUUGGACUACUUCACAGCUCAAGGCCUGACCAACAUCUACCAGAUUGAGAACUAUAACAUGGAGGACCUGUCCCGGCUGAAGAUCCCUGCAGAGUUCCAGCACAUCAUCUGGAAGGGGAUCAUGGAGCACCGACAGACCAUGGAUUUCUCCCCACCUCCCCACAUACUGCGCACCACCAGCGGGGCCUCCACCGUCAGUGUGGGCUCCUCUGAGGCCCGAGGCGAGCGUGUCAUCGAUGCCGUGCGCUUCACCCUGCGCCAGACCAUCUCCUUCCCACCGCGGGAUGAGUGGUCCGACUUCUCCUUCGACCUAGACUCUCGCCGCAACAAACAGCAGCGCAUCAAGGAGGAGGGGGAAUGAGGCAAAGUGGCACGAUCCAUCUCUAUUUCUUGGUGUUAUCAUUUCCCGAUCUACCAUUUCACACUAAUUUUGGAACAUUUCGUGUUAUUUUAGUGCAAAUAUUUGUUGAUGGCAAAAUGCAUUAUCAGGUAGAGAUGCACUUAUUUUCAUUAGUGUUGUUUCUCAUGAUAAGAGAAAUAAAUGGUGUUGAGUAAAGGUGCAUUUUGUUAUAUUCAAAUUUCCUGAGAGAGAGCACUUAAGAAAUGCCAAGAGGUUCAAGAUUACUUUGAGUUUUUAAGUGUUCAUAAUUCAUUCCAACUUUAAAGCAUGACUGGAAAUGAAACUUGUUAGAGGGCUUGUAAGGGCGUAUUUCUUCUAUGGGUCACAGCAAAGGCGUAUUUUAGUUUCUGAUAGACUUUAUGGCCCACAGUUAUUGUUGCUUAAUUUAGUAAAGUACACUGUUUUUGAUAUCUGGCACACGCCAGCAUUGAUUGUAUACAUUUCAAAAAUUGCCUAUCAGAAGUGUUAUGUGGAUUGAUGGGUGAUUGUUUUUUUCUGCUCUAGCUUUUAUGUAAACUUUUGUCUGUUUUUGUGAGACCAAUGCAUCACCAUUUUGUAUCAGGUAUUGAAGUAUUUAGGUUAAAGUGACAGAUGGUUGUUAAGUUGGUAUAGCCGGAUAUGAUGCUCUUGAUACAGUGUUUUGAUACGAGUGGUAAUGAUACCAUGACUGAUGUCCUUUUUGUCUCUUUGCUGUAUUCGUGCUUGCUUGAUUUUCCACUGAGCAAAGGUGAUAGCAUUUUAAGGGCCAUCUUUUACUGCCGCAGUGGAUACCUAGCACAUGUAUUUUUUUUUUUAUUCAUGAACCACAUUGUUUUGGUAAUGGUUUGUUUUCAUUUGAUAGGUCGCCAAAACAUAUAAAUGUAUAUACAUUUGUAUAGUUAUUUUCUGAAAGUUUCCCUAAAGAAAAUACUUGAUUUUCAUCAUGAACAAAAACAUAAUGAUGUGAAUAUUGCCUGAUAGCUAUAUCAGCAGGAAUAAUGUUUGUAUUAAUUGAAAGGAGUAAAUAUGUACCCUUCACUAUAGUCGAUUUUAGAGGUUUUUGUUCCAGGUGGCCUGCAUUGUUAAAACAGAGCGCAAAAUGCGGUUCCCUAUUUUUGUACAAUGUGUUGUAAAUAUAUUUCAAUAUACUUAGGCUAUUUUGAUAUAAAUCA